AUGUAUCUGAUUUUUUCUUCAGACACGGUUUUCACGUAUCCGGGAUUUUCGCUGCGAGUUGAACAGGUUUCCCCUGACCAAGUUUCUUGUAAUGCUGGGCAAACACCGUGCGACUACAAGGAUUUCAUAUGCGUCAACGAGAACAGCGAAGGAGUAUGUCCUGACCUUGAAUGCGACUCCGACGCUGUGACCUUCCUCGACGACGCUGUGAUCGUCAAGUCGCCGGGCUAUCCGCAGCCCUACCCGGCCGGCCUGUACUGCCGCUGGGACGUGCCCUCCCGCGGCCUGGCUCCAGCCACGCUGUUCCGUGUCCUGGACUUCUCCACCGAGGCAGGCGAGGAUGUGGUCCAGGUCAGCGGGCUCACUUUCCCCGGGGGUGAACCGGCGGACUACACACUGGCGGGGACCACCACCAAGAUUCGCGCCGUGGUGUUCAACGCCACGACCAGCGUGACAGUCCGAUUUCAGACGGACUUUAACAUCCAGCUGACCGGAUUUCACUUCAACCUAAUCAAUGUCAAUUUCACCGAAUGGGAAUCAGAUUGGUGCAUCACUGACAAGCAGACGGGAUUUAUAUGCGAAGGACUGUGUCUUGUAGCAUCAGCUAAAUGCGAUGGAUUCCUUGACUGCCUGAACGGAGAAGACGAGAACGAAUGUGCUGAGGUGUACUGCCCAUCGUCCUACCACUGCAGUCAAACAAAAACCUGCAUUGUCUCCGAACAGCUUUGCGAUGGUGAAAUUCACUGUGAGCACGGAGACGAUGAAGUUGAAUGUGGUGAGGGUUAA